GUGACCGGUCAAUAAUUGAUGCUUACUCCCAGUAGGCACCUGGUUCCACCUCUGAUAUUUCCAUGGGUCCGGUUUUGCUCAUGAAGCUAUGAGAUUCAACACUGUUAUAUUUACCUUUCAUAAAUUAUAUCAUUGUUUGUUAUCAUCACUAUUCCUUUUCACAAAUAAAAAAACAAAUUUCAUCAAAUAUGCAUCUUGAUUAAUCAGUUCGUAUCUGAAAGUUGUUGAAUCUAAGUGAUAAUCACUUUCAAGGCUUUGCUACUUGUUGUAUGAGACGUAUUAUGCUAUUCACCUUAUCCUAAUUAAAUGUUAAUAACCAAAUAUUAUAUGGAUUUAUCUUACUUCAGAUUUCAUACAUUACUGGUUGAAUACGAUUAGAGUUCACGCAGGGAAGUGUGAAAACAUCUUUCUUGUAGGCACCCAUGGGAACGAGAAAAGGGAUGACUUAAAUUUGAAACAAUUCUGCAAAAACUUUUAUGGACUCCUGCCGGAAAACUUAGCUGAAAUUACGACCGAUAUCUCCAGAAGUACCGAACAGGAGGAAAACGAAAAGGAAGAUGAGGGACUAAAGAAAUUGAAGGAUUGUAUUUGCAAAGCAGUUUUAAACUCAAAAAGAAAAGUCCAUCCGACAAAGUGGAUGAAGUAUGAAAGGGCAUUCGAGAUUAUAAAAUCGGAAGAGAAAACACCUGUGAUUAAAAUAGAUGAGCUUCUGGAAAUCAUUGAUAACAUGGAGAUCGAAAUGGGGGAUGUAGAAAUUCAUGACAUGCUGCGUUAUUUUCACAACAAUGGCAGUAUUCUUUUCUUCAAUAUGGACAGAUUGCGAGAAAUUAUCAUUUUAGAUAUUCAGUGGUUUGUUGACUGUUUUAAGGACAUAAUUACAGAUCAGGGACACGCCAAGCAAAGAAAUGGGGAAAUACACAAAAAAUGUUUGGCACAAUCGAAUCUUUUUUUUGAAACAGGUUUGUUAGAUUCGAGCCUUUAUGAAAACCUGUUAACGGCCAAUUCUGUCACUUUACCAGAGGAACAUCGAGAAAUAUUAGGGAAAUAUCUAGAGAAAUUAGGAAUGAUGAUCUACUUGGGAAAGUUUAACACGAGGGGAUUUCAUAUUCCGUACGCCAAUGAGAUAGAUGCUUGGUACGUUCCUUGUGUAAACACCAAAGAAUUUAAACCAGAGAAAGAGAAAUACGAGAACACGGAGGCUUCACCUAUCUUAUGUUUCCGUUUCAACGAGUGUCUGCCCAUGGACUUAUUUGGAAGAAUGAUUGUUCUAUGCUUGAGUUCAGGAAAAUGGCAAAUUGUUGGAGAACAACUUUGCAGGGAAGGUGCACACAUGCGUUUUUGCGACACAGAGGAAAAAAAUCUUAAUCAAGUAGAUGUUUACCUGUUUACAACAAGGGAACUUGUAACCGUUCAAAUUAUAAACAGAGCAAAACCAAAACUACACGGGAAGGGAGUCAAAGCGGAAAUACAAAAUAUCAUUGAGGAACUUCAAACAAAGUUUUAUGCAUGUUUACAGAAUUGCGAAAUUGGAUUUUUGUGCAGUAAAGAGAAAGGUUACGAUGAAUCGUCCGUGAAACAUUUCAUACCAAUGACUUCUGGACGUGAAUAUUGUGACAACUGUUCAAUUGAAGCCUUGCAUGUUGAUGUAGAACAAGCUUGCGAUUUCUGGGGUGUUUCAUCUGAGGAAGUAAGUAAAUCAAAAAACGACAUCCAAUUAAAAAUCUAUAUCUCCAAUUAG